AUGGGAGGAGACCCAUCCAAGAGGAAUCAGAAUCUGUACUGCACUUAUCACCAGGACAAAGGUCACACUACCGAACAAUGUCGUGUGUUGAAGGAUCACCUCGGGCAAUUAGUCAAGGCCAGGCAUUUAAAGGAUUUCGUGUUAGACUCAGGGGAUAGAAUCACAGGGCAAGAUACUCGACAAAGGGGUAAUCCUUUCCCACCCCUUGUAGGGGUGAUUGAAGUUAUUCAUGUUGCCCCGGAAAAGCUCGUUGCAGGAAGAAGGAAAGGAGUGUUGACAGUAGUACCAGUAAAGGGUAACCCAGACCUACAGUCGUCGGGUAAGAAGAUGAAGUUUGCACGGGAGCCUAUCUCAUUCGACGAUGACGAUUUGGAGGGAACGAUCCAACCACAUGAUGACGCAUUGGUGGUCACACCUUGGAUAAAUGGCUUCUUAGUAAAAAGGGUGAUGGUAGACCAAGGAAGCGGGGUUAACGUAAUGUACCCGGAUAUGUUCAAGGGACUCAGACUGAGGAAAGAGGACCUGAUGAAGCACACUUUGCCCUUGGUUAGGUUCGACAGUAAAGUAGUGAUUCCUAAAGGGCAAAUUUCACUUCCCAUGAUUGUGGGAGGGAAGGAGGUAGCAGUGACAUUUACAAUAGUAAGUUCAUUUUCCCCGUAUACGGCCAUUCUGGGGAGAUCGUGGAUCUAUUCAAUGAGGGCUGUCUCGUUUACACUACAUGUAAAGAUCAAGUUCCCAACCGAGCAAGGUGUCACCGUGAUAAGAGGAGACCAGCAAGCGGCCAAACAGUGUCUUAUUGCUGCAGUAAAUUGGAAGCGGGGGAAUCAAGUCAAUCAAGGAGAAACAGUCGGACAACUAUUAAGAGACGAAGGGACUGGGCGAUCCGAAUAG